GUACGCUUCCAUGCUGGCGGAGAAGAUGCAGAAGCACGGUGCGACGGCGUGGCUCGUCAACACCGGGGGGGUUGCAGGAAGCUACGGCACGGGGUACAGGAUGAAGCUGCCGCACACGCGCAAGAUCAUCGAUGCCAUUCACGACGGGUCGCUCCUGCAGGCCAAGUACACGGCGACGGACGUGUUCAAUCUCGCCGUCCCUGAUCAUGUCGAGGGUGUGCCUGACGAGGUUCUGAUGCCGCAGAACAUGUGGGCGGACAAGGAGCURUWUAACACCACUCUGAAGAAGGUUGGCGGGCUGUUCAAGGCGAACUUCAAAAAGUUCGAGGACUACACCGUUGGAGGGGACAAGAAGCUGACGGAGGAGAUUCUUUCGGCCGGACCGCAGCUGUGAGCAGGCAUGAAGAUCGGGGUAUCUCAAAUGUUAUGUGAUGAGUUCGAAUGAAGAGUGUGUCCUAUG